ACGUGCUAUUAAUUGUUCGUGUUUUUGGCAUUAAGGGAUGUGAUGUCCAUAUGUUGCAGUUAUCGUGGAAUUAAUAAUUUCUCAAUGUAGUGCUCAUAGUUAGGCUCCAACCUGCAGGACAGAGAAGCGCAUAACUUCCCUAUAUCUGGAAUACAGAGGACGGAUCUCUCCGCAGCUUUGUGGGGAGCACAGGGUGUGUAGGUGGAAGGAGAAGUCAUCGCUUUUUCGAGUGGACCGAGGGUAUUUGUUGAGUAAUGCCGGGUUUGCGGUUCUGGAGUGCUUUUUGCAGGUUUGUCCUGCUCCCUUUGCUCGCGCCAUGCACCCUGGUGCUUGUUUGGGUUCCAGAAUCGCUCUCUCAUCCACAACCAUGCCAGGUUCUGAAAAGGAUUGGGCACACGGUGAGAGUCGGGGCUGUGCACCUGCAGCCCCGUGGCUACCGCAACAACGCCGUCGGCGAGAAGGACUUCGCGGGGGACGGAGACACUGAGGGAGUAACGAGAAGCGCAGAGGAGGAAGAGUUUGAAAUAAGCUCUCAAAGUGGAUAUGAGUAUGGUUUGGGAAGCAGCAGAACUAGGAGCUCAUUAGACAACCUGCACAAGGGCGCAAAAAGUAAAUACGUUAACAAAAGUGUAGAGCGGGAAACAAGUCUGUUUUUACCAAGGGAAUCAGUGUUGCUUGCCAUGGACACACUUAACCGCAUGGCAGGUCUUUUACCUUACAACUUGUCUCUGGAGGUGGUGAUGGCCGUUGAAGCUGGACUCGGGGAAUUGCCUGCGUUUUCCUUUUCCUCUUCAUCUUCGCCAGUCUUUUCGGAUCCUAUGUCUUUUCUACUAAGUGUUUGCAAUACCGUAGUUGUUCAAGGAGUGUCUGCAAUAAUGGCUUUUCCACACAGCAGGGACGAGCUCGUGGAGUUGGAAUUCAUAUCUUCCGCACUUCAAAUCCCUGUAAUCAGUAUAGUUGAAAAUGAAUUCAAGCGACAAAGUAAGCAGAAUCCACUACAUUUUCAAAUGAAAAUGCAGAAUCCCCCGACUCCUCAGGUGAAACUUCUCUUCUCCCUCCUGUCCAUGAACGCCUGGUACGACGUCAGCCUCGUGCUGUGCACGGAGUGGAACGUCUCGGACUUCCUUCUCCUGCUCCGCAAUAAUUCCAAAUUUCACCUGGGACCCGUAGUCAACAUCUCGGUGUACGGCGGCGCAAAACCCAACCUCCAGCCUUCUCUGCAGGGUUACCUGGAGUCCAUAAGAGACCUCUCGUCGACCGUGGUGACGUUCGGAUGCGACAUAAUGGACAUUAAAAAGAUAUUCAGCGCCGCUGCAAAGUUUGGUCUGGAGCUCCCGGAAUGCCAGUGGAUUCUGGGAGACUCGCAGAAUGUCGAAGAGCUACGGACAGAGGGCCUGCCAAUGGGGAUUCUGGCGCACGGGAAGAUGUCCGAGCCGGCUCUGGACCACUACGUGCAGGACGCCCUGGAGCUGGUGGCCAGGGCGGUGGGCACCGCUGCGUAUGUGUCCCCAGAGCUGGCUCUGCUUCCCAGCACCACUAACUGCAUGGCCAUGGAGGAGAAAGCACUCACCUCAGGGAAAUACCUGUCCAGGUUUCUGGCCAACACGUCCUUUGAUGGUCUGAGCGGCUACAUCCGAUCGCGGGAGGAGACCGUGAUCACCUCCGAGGGCCACCAUUUCAUCUGGAACCUGCAGCACGACCCCAUCGGGAACCCCAUGUGGACCAGGCUGGGCCGGUGGAAGGAAGGCAGAGUGAUGAUGGAUUACGGGAUAUGGCCGGACAAGGCGCAUCGCCACCGGGCCGGCGACUGGAGGCACUCCUCGCGGCUGCACCUCCGGGUGGUGACCCUGGUGGAGCACCCCUUCGUCUUCACCCGGGAGGUGGACGAGGACGGCCUGUGCCCGGCGGGCCAGCUGUGUCUGGACCCGCUGACCAACAACACGGCCGUGCUCGAGGGCCUCUUCCAGGGCCUCAACGACACCAUCCCCUUCGAGUUCAAGAAGUGCUGCUACGGCUACUGCAUCGACCUGCUGGAGAAGCUGGCCGAGGACAUGGGCUUCGUCUUCGACCUCUACAUAGUCGGCGACGGUAAGUACGGCGCCUACAAGAACGGCCGCUGGACGGGGCUGGUGGGGGACCUCCUGAGCGGGGCGGCCCAUCUGGCCGUCACCUCGUUCAGCAUCAACUCGGCCCGCAGCCAGAUGAUCGACUUCACCAGUCCGUUCUUUUCCACCAGCCUGGGCAUCCUGGUCAGGACUAGAGACACGGCCGCCCCCAUCGGGGCCUUCAUGUGGCCCUUGCACUGGAGCAUGUGGCUAGGGAUAUUCGUGUCCUUGCACGUCACGGCCAUCUUCCUCACGCUCUACGAGUGGAAGAGCCCCUUUGGGAUGACCCCGAAAGGCAGGAACAGGACCAAGGUCUUCUCCUUCUCGUCGGCGCUCAACGUCUGUUACGCGAUACUCUUUGGCAGGACGGCCGCCAUUAAACCGCCAAAGUGUUGGACGGGGAGGUUCCUCAUGAACCUUUGGGCCAUUUUUUGCUUGUUCUGUCUGUCGACAUACACGGCCAAUCUGGCUGCCGUGAUGGUCGGGGAAAAGACCUAUGAGCAACUCUCAGGAAUACAUGAUCCCAAGCUCCAUCACCCGUCCCAAGGUUUCCGCUUCGGGACGGUGCGGGAGAGCAGCGCGGAGGACUACGUGAAGAAAAGCUUCCCGGAGAUGCACGAGUACAUGCGACGGUACAACGUGCCUGCGACUCCGGACGGCAUAGAUCACCUCAAGGAUGAUCCUCAGAAACUCGAUGCCUUCAUUAUGGACAAAGCCCUCUUAGACUAUGAAGUUUCAAUAGACGCUGACUGCAAGACCCUCACUGUGGGAAAGCCAUUUGCAAUUGAAGGAUAUGGGAUCGGCCUUCCACAGAACUCUCCGCUAACCUCCAAUAUCUCUGAGCUGGUCAGUCAGUACAAGUCAGAUGGCUUCAUGGACAUGCUGCACGACAAGUGGUACAAGGUUGUGCCGUGCGGCAAAAGAAGUUUUGCUGUUACAGAGACUUUGCAGAUGGGAAUCAAACAUUUCUCAGGGUUAUUUGUGAUGCUGUGUGUAGGAGUUGCCUUGUCCCUUCUUACCACGUUAGCCGAGCACAUCGUCUACCGGCUGGUUCUUCCGGGAAUGAAAAAAAAACCACGGUUCAAAUACUGGCUUCACACGAGUCAGAGAUUGCAUCGUGCACUUAACUCAUCCUUCAGUGAAGACAAACCACAAACAGUGGACAAGACAGAAAAAAGGUGUAACGUUGGGAAAAACCUACAAAUGCCGUGGAACACCUCGGACAACUCAAAUUGCAACAGACAAAAGCUCCCCAUCCCCGAGGCCCAGCAGAACGACCUGGAGUUUACCCAGUGCAAAGACCUCCCACCGCCCCCGGUUAAAAGGCUUCUCCCCCUGCAGGCCACCUCCAACGGCAAGACGGAUUUGCUCAGCCUGGCUCAGAACCCCGUCCUCCAGGAGCUCACCGACCUGGAGAAGCAAAUAAAGAUCAUCAAGCAGGAGCUUCAGCAGGCCAUCAACAAGAAAAAAGAACUGGAGCUGUACCAGCAGCAAAACGCGACAAAGGCGCCCGAGAGCAGUGCAUGAGGUUGGCUUUGACAUUACGGUCAGGACGUCUUAAAAGGAGCACGGUAUCCACCAUUUUUACCUUCACGGUGGGUACAACUGAGCUUUAAUUGAGCUUUCUGCUCUGGGAUGUGACGAUACUCGUUUUUUUUUUGCAAUAUACUUUCUGCACAUCCUAUUUUUUAAAAGAGAGAUAUUAUGAAAAUACUACUUCUCACGGUAAGGACAACUUCUAGCAGUGGUCAAUUGAGUGCAAAUAUGAAUGGAGGAGAUAAUUUGAUGGAACUGGCACUCAUUGACAUGGCCUUUAUGUGGAGAUAGUGAGAUUGUGUCAUAAAAUAUGUAUAGUGUUUUUCCGUUUUGGCAAAAAAAUGGCCAGAAUUGAAGAUGUCAAUAUACGAUGUACAGUUCCUGCAGUGCAAGUUCCACUGUUACCUGUGGACGAAAAAGUGCUGAGAUCUUUUUUUAUAACGUAUGACUCCAGGUGCCACUGUUCUGUGUGGUCCUUUGGAGGAAGAUGUUUAUAUUCUUGCACUGUUUAGCAGUUUUGACGUGUUAUGCUACGUGAGUACGUCGGUGCUCAGUAUCUGCUUUUGGAUAUGUAACAGGAAGCUUUCUUCAUAUAAUCUGCACUUAAUAUGAACAUGUGAAAACCACUGCUUUUUACUGCUUGUUAAACAUUAACGACAUGGAUUUCAGAAGUCAUGUAUUGGUGCCUCAUAUAUUGAGCCAGACAUUAUAGAAUGGUAGCAUUCAUUGAUCAUCAUAGUCAAGAGCACCACGAGAAAGGAAUGCAAAUGAAUCUAUUUUUAUUACUAAUUCUCUUAAAUCACAUAGAUAGCGAAGAGUUAUAUUGGCAUUCACAGCACUGGACUGAACUGCAUGUCAGCUCUUGUGGCCUACUGGUACACACCUGUACUGCUGACAGGUCUGCACCUCUUUAGGGUGAGUAGACUGGGUACUUUUGUCAGUCGUAUCUUUAGUCAGUUGUCUACAGGUAACUGAAUCCACUAACCGUGUUUUAUCCACUAGUUUGUUUUGAUAUGGGUUGACAAAAAUGGCCAGAAUCAGUGUUUAUCUGAUUAUUUCUCCCUUUGCUGCCUCUUUAUCCUUGUAAUUAAAAUUUGACAGCUGCACAAAUGUUAUCGUUCGGUUGAAAAAUGAGUCGCCAUGCUGUUCAGCUGAUCGUUCCAGCUGUUUCGUCGCCUGCAUUUUUAAUUCAUAAAAACGAUAUACACUU